AUGAAUUUACCUCAGCACUUUCUGAGGAGGGCCUUGGAGGCAGGAGCUCUGCAGGGGCAAAUCCUCCUCUUCGCUCUGCCCCAGUGGGGCAGGAGCAGGGACCGGGGCCAUGACCGGGGUAGGAACCGGGGCUUGGGCCCUCCUGUGAGGACUAAGAAGUGGGAGGAAGUGGAGGCAGAGGCUCGAGCCCGCGUCGUCUCCGAGGGAGGUGACCCCGGUGCAGAGAUGGUCGUCCUGAGCCGGUGCACGGUUCAGUUCGGCAAGUACCGGGGUCAGACCUUCAAGUGGAUGAUGGAGAACGACGUGGGCUACAUGGUGAGAGAGAGAGAAAAGAACGAAAAGAGAGUCUGUCGUUCAUGUCCCGCCUCCCCCAAAAUCCACGUGAAGUUCUUUGCAGUUAGUUCUCCAUCAUUCCGAGUACUUGUGAGAAAGAUAGUUGUAAAGGUAACGUUAGCUAUAUUUCAUCGCGGAUUUCGGAACACAGUUGUGUAUUUCGGUGAAUUAAGGAAGAAUGGAUUAUGUUCACACCCCUGCUUUCCGCUUGGAGCCCUCUGGUGCCCUCACCCUGAGGUAUCUGAAGAGGCUGCCAGGGUUGCCAGGACCAUCCAGGAGGAAGAGUGUACAGGUGUAGUCCGGGUGCUGAAGCCACGACAAGUGAAGGCAAAGGCAAAGGCUUGUGUGGUAGCCAGAGGGGGUGACCCGGAUGAUAGCCGACUGGUGGACAGUGAGAGUGCCAUCCAGUUCGGCAAAUACCGGGGUCAAACCUUCAAGUGGCUGCUAAGCCACGAUGUCGGCUAUGCCGUCAUGGUCUUGGCUUCUCACCAGCAAGAGAGGGAGAUGGGGGACACAAACACGUCUUCUGAAAUGGCCAACAUGGACCGGUUUGACUGGUAUACCAACCUGUUUCCUGAGGUCCAGAAGGCAGUGGAGGAACGCAGGGUACGGGACGGGACCUUGCCCCCCCGACCUGACCAGGAGGACACAGCAACAACUUUAGCGCCUCCUAAUCCAUCUGCCGAGCCAUCAGAUCAGGAGUUGCUGUCUAUCUGCGUGGGUUUUGACCAAGCAUUAACAGGAUACACUUUAAAGUGGUAAGGUAAGUGGUCAAAUUGUUAAAACACCUCCUAGCUGGGCUUAGAAAUCACUAGAAUUUCUAAUUUUUGCAUCCAUUUUGCUUGCCAUAGAAAAAUCCUUCCUCAUCUUUUUGUGGAAUGAAUUGUUUACUGUAGCUUGUCUUGUCACCAUUCCAACCUGUAUUUCAGUCUGCAUCACUUUGAUUGGCCUAUUCUUUGCUUGUACAUGUCUACCCACUAUACAUCUGUCGUUUGUAGCUUUUAAAUGUAGAUUGUGUUUAACCUAGAUUCCUAACCUCUACCACUGAUAACACUGAUCAAAACUAAACCAAAGUGCAUUGGCUGUCAACAGGCUGUUAACAUGUUUUGAAGCUGAAGCUCUAUUCUAAUUGAAUUAUUUCACUUAUUUCUCUGAAAUAUUUUGUGAGACUAACUCCUGUGCUCCUGUAGCAGUUCCUACUGCUCCCACCCCCACCGCACCCCCUGCUGUGCUAGCU